GAGAAUAAAGGCAGCUAGUUCUUGGUCACGGUGUUUGGUACACUUAAAAGUGGAGGCCAAGAUGAGCAGGCGCAUUGUGAGCAUGCAGUAUUUGGUGUGUAUUUUGCUGGUUGCCGUGGCGUCAAGUCCGGUACCGGAAUCUAUUAGACCAUUAACCAAAGCUAAAUCCAGUGGACUGUUUUCAACUAUUCUCAAAGCCAACAAACAAGUCGACGACACUGUCCAUCUCUUCGAAGGCGAUAUCGUGCAAACUAUGAGUUUAGAAAACGCACUGAAAGACAACAAUAAGAGAUGGCCUAAUGGCCAAGUUCCAUACGUAAUCAGUUCGCAAUUUGAUACCUACGCAAAGUCUCAAAUUCAGAAGGCUAUCGACAGGUACCACGCUGAGACGUGCAUCAGGUUUGUUAAGAGAGCAAAUGAACAGAAUUACAUCAAUAUUGUUUCUAAAGACGGUUGUUAUUCAGCAGUCGGAGUAUCUGGUGGUGCACAAGAACUUUCUCUUGCUAACGGCUGUUACCAGUACGUAGGCAUUAUUUUGCACGAGAUGAUGCAUGCGGUCGGAUUUUUUCACGAACAAAGCCGAACUGAUCGUGACAGCCACAUCACCAUCAACUGGAAUAAUAUUGAGGAUGGUAUGGCGUACAACUUUGAUAGCUACCCAUCGACCUACAUUGAUGAUCUCGGGACGAAUUAUGAUUACAAUUCCAUCAUGCAUUACGAUCAGUAUGCAUUCUCCAAGAAUGGCAACCCAACAAUUGUGCCAAAGCAAUCCGGGGCAGUUAUCGGAAAUAUUGCGGAUUUCAGUACCAUUGACAUUCAGAAGAUUAACAAAUAUUAUGAAUGCAGUGGAAGAGGGAAUGGAGGAGGGGAUGGUGGAGGAUCGUGCUCAGACAACGACAGCAACUGUCCUUCGUGGGCUGCGAGUGGCUAUUGUAGCAGUAGUAGCAUAUAUUACCAAUUCAUGCAGGCCAACUGUCCUGCAUCUUGUGGACUCUGUUCUUGCACUGACAAAGACCCAGUUUGUUAUAACUGGGCUCUACGUGGAUACUGCGUCCUUCCAGGCUACGAUUUCAUGGAAGAUUAUUGUCCCAAGAGCUGCAACUUAUGCUAGAUGCAUCGCAGCCGUAAUGUAUAUCAAACAUCAAAUAAGCACAACAUAUGGAAAACGAUCCAAUUACGAAUUAAAUUUUAUUUAAUUAUGAUAUUAUAUAGUAUAAUUGUCUGAAUAAAAAAACGUACCCUA